AUGAAUCCGAUUUUUUUGGAACCCAAUCUCGGUGACCCCGGGGCCGCUCGGCGCACGCCGCGAAGCGAUGCAGCAACUGGAGUUUCCGCCGGCAGUGUUCGCGCACUUAGCGCGCAAAUGGUAGCAUUUUACUUCAGGGCUCCGAUCAAGGCGUUCUUUCGAACUCGUGUUGACUAUAUGGCAUUUGCACGAGCUGUGAAUCCUCGCGUUGCAGAAGGCAGAUGGUCAUUACACACCACAACGCCCGGGCUGCUGCUCCAUGCCGUCAGGACUUAUGGCUGGCAAUUCAUUCCUAACCAAGUCUUGCCGCCGUUGAUGGCGAAUGCAGGAGUCGGUGCAGUUCUCUAUACAUCCUACCUUCAGGUCCUCGGCGCGCUGCAUGAACCCGUUUCGCAAGGCGCGAAACGAGUUUGGCCUCCCGCUCCUCCCUCCUCGACCUUUGCUGCUGGUUUUACAGCCGGUACCAUUCAGUCUAUCAUUGCUGCCCCGCUGGAUGCCUUGCAAGUGCGCCUUCAGACCAGCGACAUGUUGAGCGGGCAAUACCGCAGCAUGUGGCACUAUGGACACCACAAGCUCAAACAAAUCGGACUUCGGGGAAUCUUUGCCGGGUGGAGCCUCUCUUUCUUACGGGAUGCUUUCGGGUACGCCAUUUUUUUCUCCACCUUUGAGUACGUCAAAUCGCAGUCCUACUAUGCCUUUGUCACCUGGUAUUACGGGGCGCUUCGCGCAGAGACGGUGGAUCGGCUUCCCUCCCCCGGAUCGAGUGACCGUGGUGUGCCCCUGAUCAAGCCGCAUUAUGCCUUAGAACCCUGCUUCCUCAUGAUGGCUGGAGUCUUGGCCUCGGUGGCCCAGCAGACUAUUCAGCACCCGAUCGGACGGGUGCAGGACCUUCACCUGGGUCGGCUGGAGUAUCUCGACCGUCAGGCGAGCCUCGAUCCCUCGCGGCGACAGAUGUUGCGCCUUUAUUAUCAUGCGUACGAGGAAACAUUCAAGCGUAUCCAGCGGAAGGCUGCACGGGCCGGCGGGUUACGAGCUUGGCUUUUCCGAGGGUUUGCGGGAAGUGCCCUUCGCCAGGUGCCCAGUACUAGUGCGGGUCUGGUGAUCUUCGAGUUGGUGCGUCGACGGUACGCGAGUCUGGCGGAUGCUGUGCACAUUCAGAAAGACGGUUAUGACAUUCUUUUGAACUAG